UGUCAAACUCCGCCCAACACCGGGUCGCUAUGGUGCGCAGCCUCAAACGUCUCUGCAGUGUGACCUGUAGAGUCUACUUGGACCGAUGCUUAGCGAGCUAUUGCGCUAAAUCAUGGCGAACUUCAUGGAUUAUGCCUUUGCGGCUGGAGAAGAAAGCGACGGCAGCGAUGCUGAGUGGCACAUCUCGCCUUAUUCGGAUAAAAACUCUGGUUGCAUUAAGGUUCUCAACGAGCUGGAUGCUGUUCAACAACAAGGAGAAGAUGGUGUGUCAGUUUUGAAAAAAGCCAUCAGUAACGGAGACACAGACACUGUUAAACAGCUGUUGGACAAUGGCGUGGAUGUGGAGACCAGGCUUGGAUUUGAAUGGACUCCACUUAUGUGUGCUGUCAGCGUGGCCAACUAUGACCUGGCCAAACUGCUUCUGGAUAAAGGGGCCAGUGCCAAUUUCAGCAAAGAUCACUGGACGGUGCUCAUGGCCAGCUGCACAGCAUCUGCCAGUGAGGACAAAAUUGCACGUUGCGUGGAGCUCCUGCUGUCCAGAAAUGCUGACCCCAACAUGGUGGACAGGUCCCAAAUGACCUGCUUGAUGCUGGCAGCCAGGGACAACUACAGUAAAGUCAUCAACCUCCUGGUGUCCCAUGGGGCUGAAAUCAAUGUCCAGGAACGCAAUGGAUACACAGCUUUGGCUAUAGCAGUGCAGUAUGGAAGGGAGGAGGCAGUGCUGAAACUCCUCCAGCUAGGAGCAGACAAAACCAUCAGGACAAAGACUGGCAAAAGCCCUGCUGAUCUGGCUGAGAUCUUCAAACACAGACAGAUUUCCAGGAUCUUGGCCUCUUCCUCAAACAUCUCUAAGGUCCAGGCCUUUGGAUCCAUGGAGGACACGCUAUCUAAAUUCUUCAAGACUAACUCUGAAUUUCCAUCUCCUAAGGAGAGUGUAAGCAAGCUUGAUGACCUGGAGCUCCUCCUGCAUGGCCUUAACCUGGGCUACCUCACUGACAUUAUGACUGAAAAUGAUAUCACCUGGAGUUACCUGUUGACCAUGGAGGAGGAGGACCUUAAGAAGAUUGGUGUCACAGACCCAGAGGACCAGAAGAAGGUGCUGACUGCUUUGCAGCAGAUGCACCUGGACAAAGUGGACCUGGAAACAAUCAGGCAACUGGGACCUGCAGACAGUGGGAGUGAGGAGCUGCAAAAUUUCCUCAUAAGUAUCAGUCAGCAGUGCUGCUACCUGACAGAGACCAUUCAAGACGUCUUAAAUCGAUUCCCUCGCCAACCCGCUCAGCUGGUUUUCUCCCUGGACCCAAAGAAGGAGGCCCGGACCAUCUGCAACCAGCUAGUGGUCCAGACAAAAGAUCUCCAAAAGGAAGUCACCUGCCUCCGCAAUCUGCUUUGCCAGAUGGAAGAAUUCAAAGAUUCCUGUCAGCCUCCUCAGCCUGGUUUCCAUAACAACAGGAGGAUGUGGUCUCUGACCGCCAGAUUUGCUCUGAGCACUCUCGGAGUCACCUUCCUUGUACUGCUCUACAAAGCUUCCAGUGGCAAGGUUUCCCUACAGUGCAGGGAUACUUUUUGAUCGCCUCACAGAUCUGUGAGGUCUUUUGUGUUUGUUGACUGUAGCUGAAAAGUUGGAUAAGUAUUGUGUUUAUAUGUGUUACAAGUGUUUGACAGGCAUUCAGUUUUAAUUUUGCUGCAGUGUUUUUUUCCCAGUUAGUUUUGACUUGUCACUGAGUUUAAUUCUUAUUCUUUUUAAGUUAUUUUAUAUUUUAAUGGUUUGAACAAUUAAAGUUUUUCUUUUGAGAGUAA